GCAUUUUGGGGCAACAGAAGACGACUGUGAAGAUGGUGGUUGGUGGUGGUGGCUCGCUGCACGUGUUGGAAGCGGUGUAUGAGCGUGUGGAUGGAUAUGCGGUGGCACGGGAAGAGCGGACGCGCCUGCGGAAAGCAGGGCAGUUUGAAAAGACAGAGGCACUGCAAUACGGAGAAAUUGACUUUGCUGGGUUUUUGAAUGUGUUGGAGGCAGCAGAGCCACGUGAGGGAGACAAGUUUGUGGACAUCGGAUCUGGAACAGGAAAGGCCGUGCUGUUGGCUGCUGGCCAGUACCAACUGGGCAGUGCAGUUGGUGUGGAGAUUGUCAAGCCUUUGCACGAGCUGGCAACCGAGGCGAAGGAGCGGUUUUACAGCCAGUGCCCAGAUGCGCCAACCCCAAGCAACAAGUGCAGCGUCGUCCUGGGCGACAGCUUUGCGCUCACCAACCUGUGGCUGGACGCAGACAUCCUCUAUUGCCCGUGCACAUGCUUCACGGAGGAGAUGAUGGCUGCCCUCACAGCCCAGAUGAAGCACCUGCGCCCGGGCACGCGCGUCAUCUCCACAUCCCGCCCGCUUGAGGUGCCGUGCCUCUCGCUAACCACUACACUGCGGGCCAAGUAUAAGCGCGGCACCCUGCAGUUUUAUAUCUAUACCCGCAACGCGCAAGCAGCAGCAGCAGCAGCAACGACAACGGAUACGGAGGCAGCGACGGACGUGCACAAGACCGGUGCGAAGCACGACGGCGACGGUCACAACAGCAGCAAGAUGAAGCAGGACAAGAGAGCGAAAAGCGCCAACAACAAGGGCAAUGGAACAGGAGUGAAGCAGCCGACGAAUCAACCACAUAGUCAACACGCAACUAGGCAGCAGCAGCAGCAGCCGGGAGAGGGAAAGGGAGGCAAGCGUGCAGGAAAGAAGCACAAGAACAAGAAGGGGAAGCGUGGGAAGCGACAACAACAAGAGCAAGGAAGCGAGAAGAGAAGCAAGAUGAUGUAAUCAACCAACAGCAGCAGCCAUGAUAGUGAAUCACAGCCACACAUUACGAGAGGCACCUGGCAUUCAGAUGGUCGUUUACUCUUUUCUACAUGAAGCUGUUGCUGAUAGUCAACAACAUUAGACAAUAAUACACAAC